GUGUUAAAGAACAAAAAAGUAAAAAAGUUGGAAGUAACAGUUUACUAGACAAUCACAAAAAGAAAUUUACCCGAUAAUAAUUUCAGACACCCACAUAGAAUUCUUCAAACAAAACUGUUCAUAGAAAAAUCGAACAAUUAAAAUGAGACGAACUCGCCCUCACUUACAGGAAAUAUCAUCACCAAGUACAGCCUCGCCACUACGCACAAGACAACGUACAACAUCGUCACCGUCACUGGAGUCUCCAGAUGAGCAACUUAUAAUUGAAACGGGUGAACAUUCGCAGCCAUAUUCACCUUCUGAUACAAUUGAAAGUAUGGCGCUCUCGAGUGUUAUGUCAACUCCUGUAGAAUUUAUUGCUACUGAAGAAUCAUUACCGGUACCGGAUGUAUUAAAAGUUAAAGAAAUUCCACCUGAAGCCGGAGGUAGCUCUAACCAGCUAUCAGCUGCUCAAAAGGAAAAGCAUAUAGCGGGCGGUGAGUUGUCGCCCAUUUGCAUAUCGAGUGAAUCAACAAAUGACUCAGACUGCGUGGUUGUAGAUGAAUCGACUCAACCGAAAAAAGAACAAUCGCAACGUAAAAGACGAGCUAGCCCAUAUCAUUAUCACUUUUGGCGUCCGCGCAGUCCGUUUAAGUCGUUCAAGAAAAAGAAACAGUCAGAGAGUAGAGAACGGGAGCAAAGUGCAAGUGGAUCAAGGGUAUAUGCCAAACCAUCAGUUGAAAGUAGGUCAACGCAAAAUGUAAUAGCAGAGGCAAAAAAAACUGGAAAUUAUUCUGAAACUUCUGCCAGAAAAAAGGACACCAAGCAACCAAAAAAUCCAAACACUGACUCCAAUAUAGCAGCAAGUGGCGACAACAAACCUAAAGCUUCUACCAAACAAACGAAGGAAGACAUUUUAGAAACUAAAAGUGUGAACAAAGAAAGUAAUUCGCCUCAAAAAUCAACAACUGACGAAACUAAGCUUAAAGCUUCAAUCAAAAAAAGAAAGAAGGCCAAAAGUAAAAAAAGGCAUGCCACCAAAUCUAAAGCUUCUACGCAACAAGCAAGUGUACAAAUUUCAGAAGAACAGCGUAUAGAAAAAGACAGCAAUCCAGCUCAAAAAUCAUCGGCUUCAACGAAUAUUAAAGUUAGAGAAAGUGACGGAAACAAAUCUAAACAUUCUUCUAUUCCAACGAAAGCAAAAGUUCCACAUGAAUACAAAAAGGAACCUCAAAAAUCAUUGACUACCUCGGAGACUAAGCAUUCGAAAACAUCGACCAUAACAAAGGACAAAAAAGAUGGAAAAGACUAUAAGUCAACGCAAGAUACUUUAGUUUCAACAAAAACUCUUCAAACAAAAGACGAAACACAAACUGCAAGAUCAGUAACAAAAACAGACAGUAAGUUAUCAGAACGCACGACAAAUAAAGACAAAAAAAGUAAAUCUACUGAGCCCAAAACAUCAUCCGUUCCGAAAAAUGUAGCGAAAGCAGGAAGUGACAGCAAACGCCCUUCAAAAUCAGCGGAGUCCAAGGAAACUGAAAGACAGCUGGUUUCUGUGGUGACAGAAAGAGCAGAUAUUGAUGAUAAUAUACCAAAAACAUCAUUACCGAAAGCCAAAGAAACUAAAACAGCUCAAAAAAUGUCUUUUGUUGAUAUUGUUAAGGCCUUAAUGCCUCGAAUAAAAUCGCGUCGUCAUGCUUUAACGAUAUCACAAGAGGUUGCCGCAAGAAUCAAUCGGCAACCUCUAUACCAACCGCAGUCGCUAACGUCACGCUUACUAAGAUCGGUUGGCGUACAAACUGCUAUGAAUUGGUAUCAUAUAAUACCAUUGCAUAGAGAUGCUUCAACCUGCAGUCUAAGAGAACUCAUUAGGAUUGCAGUACAGUAUGAAAGACAAGUCUUGGGAAAGACGGCAACACAUAAUUUACCCAUACAUAUCGCUAAGUGCCCACAAAGACCUUUGAAUACAAUUCGCCCAGAUAUAUCCGCUGCAACGACUUCGAGAUCAGCAGAGACCGAUCUACGUUGGUUCGAAUUAGUUCAAGUAUUAGAAAGCCCUGGCCAGCGUUUUUACUGUAGGGCAAUCCUACCUAGAAAAAACACUUCUAGCGGUCAAACCACGCAGCUUACAGCUGGGAAUAGCCAAACAACUGGCGAAUCUAAUACAACCAGACAAACAAGGGUCACGACCGCACAAGCGCCACAUACUACGCAAAGCAGAGUUGAAGUGACCAGCACGGCAACACAGUAUGAUCUUCAAACAACAACGUCCAACGUAGCAGUGGGUACAGACGAUCACGAUCCGGAAAUUGUAAUUAGAACCGACGUAGCGGUGGGUACGGAUAAUUCUCAAAAUAUACCAGAAAUACCAGAAGCCAGGAAAGUUACAGCAGCAACGCAAACUCAGCCGAUUAGUACAAAGACGCAGUCCACAUCAUGCGACGUACCGGAACAAGUAAAUGCUGCAACGCAGUACGAUCCUCCACCGUUAGUAAGCGAGCCGAUCACACAAGUUCUGAUUGAAACUACCGAUGGUGAAGUCAAUACACUAGCAAGAUUAUGUCAGUUGACUAUGUCGGCGUCACAGGCCACACAUACCUCGGUCCAAACCACUGGUUUUGAAGUUGAUACCUUAUCUUCCUUGUGUCGCGUAGCAAUGUCGGAACCCGCUUCAAAACAUGCUUCAAUUCAAACUAUUGGUAUUGAAGUUAAGACACAAGCCACACUGACUGACGCGACGGAGCGACCGACAAACGAACAAUUUUCGCAAUGGGAACCACAUUUCGAUGUUGUUGAUAUCUCAAAUACUCCUACUAACAGUAAAAGAGAAAUUCUUUCCGAAAUUCCUUCAGACGACGUAACAACGUUAUCUUCAGAUUCUUCAGAAGGUCCAUGGGACGUGCGAAAUUUACGUGAAAACAUCAACGAGAUAGAUAAAGAAUGCAUGUUCACAUUUACUAAUGUGGAAUUACACAGUGAUGCGAGUCUGGAUAUCCGUCCUUCCACAUCGGAGCCCGCUCUGCAUAGACUAAACGCGCUCAAGAAAGACUCUAUAUGGCAAUCUAAACCCAACUUUUCGGCUAGACGAAACAGUAACAGUUCGUCAGAAACUGUCGAAUUAGCGAUUUGGCAGGAAAUUGAGUGUAUGAAGAAAGCAAAAAGUGCAAAUGUUAUUUCCGAUACGCAGACUACACAGACUGCUUCAAGACAGCAGAUAAAGCCAACUAAAGAUAAGCGCUGUACUCAAAACACUGAGCAUGACGAAAAGAAUUCGAGAGACCAAAAUAUUAAUGUACAAAACCAGCCUCCGAAUUUCAAUGAAUUGGCACUGCAAAGACCUGCACCAUUCACACCAAUUCAACGAAUACCGUGCGUAUCAUUGGAUAGACUGCUAUCAACUAAAUACAGAGAUGUGGAACGACAAAUUACGCGUAGAUAUUCUGAUUCUGAGUGUGGGAUUAGUAAGACACAUCUCUCGGUGGGGAGACAGUUACAAUUGAUAUACAAUUAUGUGUCAGACGUACGGGAAAUACUCGCUCGCAGAGAGGUUAUAAAUAAUUUGUACGCUCAGCUCGGUAAUUUGAAUCCCAACAUUGUUUGGGCUGGUAGAUUAAGUCAAUCGGUUGAUAUUAAUAUAACAAUACGUCACAUUUUGGGACUCACCAGCAAUAUCACUGACAGGAUCGGCGAUUAUCUAAAGGUUUCUGAAUUUUGUUCUCUUAAAGUCCUGCAAGAUAAUAUCGCAAAUCUUACUGCAGACGGCGAAAUAGUACUAUCGAUAAGCUACCUUUUACCACAAAAUGCCAAAUUUACUGAAGGCUAUGAAAUAGUUUUUAGUGAGCUUAAAGCUACACUAAAAGAGUCGAAAGUGGCAAUUGUGAAACGUGAAGAUAUUGAAGUGUAUUUAUAUCCACUUGAUGCGCGCGCAACAUUCAACUGUGGUACACAUUCCGAAGAAUGGAUUGAGUUUUUGAAUAAUGAACAUAGACCAGAUCUUUUACUGGCUUUUAUAAUACACAGCAAACGUAUGAUGUCUUCACCAUUUUCGGAUCUCUUUGACCAAACAGUAAAACGUGGAAGUAAGGCAUCGCAAAUUAUUACCGGUGCCGAGGCUGCCAACCAAUCAAACACGGAAGGAUCGAAAAACAAUGGUAGUGAGGUGCAAAACCAAAUGAAAAGUGAAGAAAAUGUACCUGAUCCUGGACCAAGCACUGAAAGUUCCGCAAGCAAGGCUACCGAGGUUCAAAAUGAACCAACAAGUGCAGUCACAGUACCUGAACCUCCAAGUAGGCAACCAAGUACUGAAAGUUCCGCAAGCAAGGCUACCGAGGUUCAAAAUGAACCAAGAAGUGCAGUCACAGUACCUGAUAGCCUAGGCAGGCAACCAAGCACUGAAAGUUCCGCAAACAAGUCUACCGAGGUUCAAAAUGAACCAAGAAGUACAGUCACAGUACCUGAACCUCCAAGUAGGCAACCAAAAACUGAAAGUUGCGCCAGCAAUAACACCGAGGUUACCAAUCAAACAAGGACUAAAGACACUUUAACUGACACCAUAGGCAAAAGAAAGUCAUUCGAGUCAGCCUACGAUGGCGAUAUUUCGCAAUUCGUGGAUGGUUUGUCACAUACAGAAGUUACGCCUGUCAACAGUGCGCCUGAGUACAAGAGAGUUACCGAAAAAAAUGCAGACGCCAACUAUGAAAACACCCCUAAUAAGCCCAAUAAAGCUAGAAGAAUGAAAAGGAGGUCAAAGCUGCCUAAAGAGUCAACAUCUUCUCCGCCGACUACAGAAAGCACUGAUAAGUCGAUUAAGGAUGAAGAUGGCUUACGAAGUAAGGGUAGCGCAAAACGUAAACAAUCUCUAAAGAAGCGCAGGAAAAGAGAAGUCUCAUUAUUAACUCCACCGUUAUCAUCAUCUUUCUACCAGAGUGAAAGAUUGGCCAUGAGACGGCCAGAGAAUAGUGGUAAUGAGAACAACGUAAUAUCUGUACCUGCCGUAAAAUUAAGUCGGAUAACAAAUCUCGAAAUAGUUUCACACCCUUUCCAAGAAACACCGAGCAUUAGUAGAGGAAGUGUUUCAGAAAGCCAAAAUCAAGCUUUUCCACGUAUGCGGAGACUAACAAGUUCAAGUUCAGUUGACGAGAAUACUUUAAAAAUGGAGACAGAACGACAAGACAGAAACACUAGAACGGAAUGCCAGCGUCAGACAAGUGUCAAACAGGGGCGCAGUGGAGAUAAGAAAAGUGGCUCUAUUGGCAUUGUUGGAUCUGAAAUGGAUCCUAACAUUAAUACAGACGACGACUUCUCUAUCUACAGAAAAUUGGGUACUGAAGCAGAUUUAUAUAAUAUAAGGGAUGUGGAUCUUUCAUACACAUCAAGUAUUUCUGAUGGGAGUACAAAGAGGAAGAAUAAAUUAGAGCAAGACCCAAAGAAAUGCACAUUACAGAAGAGAUCGUCAGAUCUUAUAAGUCCUACUGUUGAACAUAAAACAAAAAGCGGUUCGUCUCCUGAACAUGAGACAAAAUGCGAUGAAAGUCCACGCCAAAUAAAUUCACCGGAUACCAGCCUAGAAAUCAUUGAUUUAACAGGUGUAGAUUCCAGCUCCUUCGAUGAUGAAACGGAGAGCGAAAAUGAAGAGACGAAACUAAAACCCUCUAGCGUCAAUAGCGUGAUUGAACAAAACGAGAAUGAAGCACAAUCCAUAGAGUCCGGCUAUUCGUAUGAUGUAGCUCGAAAAACCAAUGCUGCAGAAAGCCUAUUAAAUGUAGAAAGAAGCAACAAUUUGGAAACACACCUAGAUUCCUUUACAGGUCCAAAAUCACCGACUGUAGAAAAAUCUAUCGACAAGGCUAGCCAGCAUUGUUCCCAGGAUUUAGGUCCCAAAAGCAGAAAAAGGAGUGAAGAAGGUGUAACAACCCAAAAAGAGCAUACUAGGGAGACAUCAUCAGACACAGUGUCAUAUCAGACAAAGAGAAGAACUUAUUCAGAGAGAAAGGUAACAAAGUCACCUGACGGGAGUACAGAAAGUGAAAAGCAUGAAGCCAGAGAUAAAGAAAACCAGUCGUUGCGCGUCAACAUAUCGAGGGAGAAUAAUUCGGAAGAUAGUAUUAAUAUAGAGAUAUUUGGAUCUACCUAUAAUAGUGGUAUAAUGCCACCUAUGCGUAGUGACAGUGGUGCUUUUGAUCUCCACUUUUCAGACAGUGAAAGUGAUGAAACAUCAAGUGGUUCUGAUUCAUCCGUGAAAACGACAAUUAGCAAAGCUGCAAGCAUUAAAGUUGCGGAAGAGAGUACAAAGGACAACGAAACUGGCAAAGACGACAAUCAGGCUAUUAACGACUCAGAUAGUAAGCACAGCACUGAAAGCGAAGAAAAGGCAAGAUGCAGCAAGAUAAGUACCGAAGAUAAUUCAUCAGAAACUGACUCGUCUGAUAGUAGCACAACAACAACGAGCAGUUCUGAGGAAAAUAAAUCAACGUGUUCUGAAAGCAAGAGCGAGAAUUCAUCUCACUCAAGCUCAAGCGACGAUGAUACUUUAAAAGAUGAAACAAAAACCACGAUUCCUCAGAACAAAACCAAUCAAAGUGCUGUGCAAGAUAUGACAGAGAACACAGAUGAAGAAGAUACGGACUUGGAGGAAGAUAUGCUUCAGGCAGAAUUAUUCGAUCAAAACACAAAUUUUGAAAUUGUGGAAGCGUUUAAUGAUUCUCCACAUAUGCGAAGAAUUGCCGAAGGCCAUAAUGCAGAAGAAAGCCACGCAGUGGAAGAAAUACAGAACAUUUCAACUGAACAGCACCAACCCAUUUCAUUGGUACCGACUUCGUCUGUACAACCGACUCCGAAUCGCGCGCCAAAAGAUCCCAUUUUUCGGGAACCUGCCGAACCCAUUAAUCCACCUGAAUCUGAAAGUCCGAAAUCAAAUGAAUCCACUUACUGGCCUUUUCCACUUUCAGAGCAGGAGGCACAAAGAGACUCGGCUACAGAGACUGCUCAAGCGGAGAGUGGUGAAGAAGUGUCGUCCACUUGCUUCGACGCAAACAUAAUUGAGUCAACCGUAACGCCACCACAAGAGCCUUUUCGUGUUAUUCAAGAAACGCCUGAAGCAGCAAUUGAGGAAGCAACAAUUGGUGGCACGUUUGAUAUACCAACAUCGCCGAGAAGUAGUGGACCAGCAUGUGUAGAGAAUAGAAGUGACGACGUUAAUGAAGGUGAAUGGUCUAUAUCGAAUCUUUUGGAAAAUUCUAACGAUAACUGGGUAGACUGGGCCGUCCAAGCCAGAAAUGAACUAAUUGAUGCGUAUGCGAACGAUGUGUUACCUUUGGAAGAGAGUUCGAACACACAAGUGAAAGAGAGUUCUGAAGAUGAUAUUGUACCAAAAUAAUCAUCCACUGCAUCGUGGCAAUAGUCCGAUAACACCCACAAAUGGGUUAUAAAGCUCAAAGUGAGUCGGCGGAAGAAGACGUAUAAUUGUGGGUGUCCAGUACCAACAAUCUAUAGUUAGUUUGCCGUAAGAAGAAUAUUUUUACAUAAAUAUUGACAAGUUUUUUUUAACAAGUUUUAACUGUUAUCUUAUUCUUAUAUGUUAAGAUCAUAUGUGCUAUGUUCGUUUAAUUGUGACCUUUAUACGUAAAAUAUAUCUCAUACGUUCUUCGUGUACCAACUAUUCUAACUAUAAUAAUCAUAUAAUAUAUAUCAAACCUGUGAUCAGGUUAUUAUUACA